AGCGCGCGCGUGCCCCUGGGCCAAUCAGCGUGCCGGGCCGCGGCCGGAAGUGGGGCGCGGACUCAGCCCCUAACGGGAAGUGACGGGCGUGUCCCGGAAGUGCGGGGGCGCGCGGUGGCUGGGCGGAUCCCGCGUUGUCCCGGCGGAGCAGCGGGCCCGUGUGAGUCGCACGUGCGAGGAUGGCGGAGCAGGAGCCGACGGCGGAGCAGCUGGCCCAGAUCGCAGCUGAGAACGAGGAGGACGAACACUCCGUCAACUACAAGCCGCCUGCCCAGAAGAGCAUCCAGGAGAUCCAGGAGCUGGACAAGGACGACGAGAGCCUGCGCAAGUACAAGGAGGCGCUGCUCGGCGCCGUCACCGUGACUGCAGAUCCCAACGCCCCAAAUGUGGUGGUGACCAAACUGACGCUGGUCUGCGCUACGGCGCCCGGCCCGCUGGAGCUGGACCUGACAGGUGAUCUGGAGAGCUACAAGAAGCAGGCGUUUGUGCUGAAGGAGGGCGUGGAAUACCGGAUAAAAAUCUCCUUUAGGGUCAACAGGGAGAUCGUGUCGGGGCUGAAGUACAUUCAGCACACGUUCCGGAAAGGCGUGAAAAUUGACAAGACCGAGUACAUGGUUGGGAGCUACGGCCCCCGCGCAGAGGAAUACGAGUUCCUGACCCCCAUGGAAGAGGCCCCAAAGGGGAUGCUGGCCCGGGGCAGCUACAACGUCAAAUCCAAGUUCACAGACGACGACAAGACUGACCACCUGUCCUGGGAGUGGAACCUGACCAUCAAGAAGGAGUGGAAGGACUAGCCCUUCCUGGCCAAACCGAGAGCGUGAAUCAGACAGUGGCUCCCGUAGAAACCCCCCGUACCAAAGUGCUGACGUUGGAACCCUCUUCCCCUUCACGCCCCGAUACAUUUGACCAGAGCUCGGUUUGUAACGUGCCCCCUCCCCAGAGAACCGCUGAGCGCACAGAGCAGCCCGCGCCGCCCGUGUCCGGCCCCUGCCCGUCCCGUCCCAGCGCGGGGCGGCAGCGCUCGCUCCCCGGCGCGGCCCCGUGUCCAGCGCGGCUGCCGCCCGUGGGGAGCUGAGGAACUGACGCAGGCGGCUUUUGAAUCUGUUUAUCAGCUAAAAUCAUGUCCGGCCCCUCCCCGGCCCGUCCUGGGCACGCUGGCGGCUCCGUUUGUGGCUGUUCCCCGUAACCACGAUGCCUUAACGUGUAACACGGAUCCUCUCGGGAGGGGGCCGUGCCCUCGUUAACACUUUUUAAAUGCCACCCGCCCGCCGUCCCCCGGCAUGGCGCUCACCAGUCACACCCCGCGCGGGCUAUGGGAGAUUCACCAGUCCCCGCUUUGCUGCUGCUCUGUCCUUCGCCUGGGAUGGGACAUCUCCGGGGGCGUGUGACACCAGGUGACAGGUGCCCAGAGCCGCCCGCGGGACGCCGGCCCCGCCCCGGUGAGCUCCGGCAGCCUCAGCGGCACCGGGGGCAGCCAGGCCGGUGGGCACGUGGGUCACCGGUGCCGCCGCCACCUCACGGUUCUCGUUGCAGCCGUGGCCGCUGCAAAGCACUGAAAUCCCAGGCGGCCGCGGCUGCUCCUGGCGCCACAGCACGGGGCUGGCGAGGGACCGGCGUGCCCGGCGGGUGGUGCCUUACGUACCCGUGCUGCCUUCACAGCCUGUGCCUGGCCCGCCAGCGCCUGUUGCCUUGACAGCGGCCCUGCAGCCCCGUCCGAUCCCGCCGCGCUGAGGCUGAAUUAGAACCGGGACCAAGUACCUGCAGCUUCCUCGUAGCGACGUCUCUGCCUCUAACUCGCCCCUGCCCCGCCCCUAGAGAGAGUUUUGUCCAUUUGAUUUGGUGCAUAUUGUCUGUGAAUCCUCGACACGGGAUGACAGGUUUGGAAUCAUCGUCUGCUUCUCCUUUUAUGACAGUUAAAUAAAAUCUUUGAACUGCC